GGGCGCAAAAGUAGGUUAGGAGAAAGUUAACGUUUCGCGUGGAAUCCGCGCAACCGACUCAGUGCAACGUUCGCGGCGUUCGAGGUGUGGCGGUUAGCAUCGGUGAUCGCCGAUAUACGCGAUAUACUAGCGUCCAGUCCGCCGAAAAGUUUUUAUCGCACUCGCAUAAACAAUGGGUUCGGGUGGUCAAUCGAACAACGACGAGUACGUUUCGACGUUGCCGGAGUCGGAAAAGAAGAGGGCCCUAGACGAACUGAGGGAGGAUGAUAACAUCCGAGACCAGAGUCUCGAACAGAUGAGGGAAUGGAUCAACAAACAUCCGAACAUAAAAAAGUGUCGUACCGAUUCUGCGUUCCUGCUGCGUUUCCUGCGAACGAAAAAAUUCAGCGUGCCUCUCGCGUGCGAGAUGCUCGAACGCUACUUGACCAUAAGGCAACUUUACCCGCAGUGGUUCCGGAACCUGGACUGCGAGGACCCGGACCUGGCCGAUAUCAUCGAUGCUGGAUACCUGGUGCCCCUACUCGAUAGGGACCACGGCCGAAUGAUUCUGUUCAGCUGCGCUGGCAAGUUCGACCCGCACAAAUUCACCUCCGCGCACAUGGUCAAGGUGCACAGUCUUGUUACCGAGGCGCUCAUGGAUGAUGAAAUCAACCAAAUCAACGGGUACACGUACAUCAACGACGAGAGCGGCUUCCAGAUGGCGCACAUAUCGCUGUGGUCGCUGACCGACGUACGGAACAUACUCAGGUGUAUACAGAACACCACGCCUAUGAGGCACAAGGCCAACCAUUUCCUCAACAUAUCGCCGAGCGCCAUAAAGCUGAUCGAAUUCGCUGUGUCGCUGCUCAAUGACAAACUGAGGAGCAGAAUAUUCAUGUACAAGUCCGUGGAAGAACUUCACGAGAAGAUCGACAAGAAAAUAUUGCCCAAAGAGUACGGAGGCGAAGUGCCGAUGGAGGACAUGGUGCGCCAGUUCAAGGCCCUCCUUAAGGAAAAACGGGACGCCAUAUUGGCAUUAGACGACAUGUACAUAGAAAUCGACGAGAAGACCUGCCCUCUGGUGUCGGAAAUGAACGAGGAACUCGGCAUCGGUAUAGAUGGUAGCUUCAAGAAACUGACUGUCGACUAAAUUUCUUUUGUCGCUCCACUCCCACUCUCUCUACUUCACGAACCUCCAGUCUAGCUUUAAUUUAAUUUUAAAAAGUUGCGUUUUUAUAUAUAUGUAUAUGUAUAUGUUAUUUUUUUUUGUUUGUCGCCUGGUGGAAUAAAGUUACCGAUCGUUAUACGCGUAAGACGUACGUCUGCGUAGUGUUAAACGUUAAUGUUAUCGUAAAAUAAGCGGGCGUGUUUUCCUUCUUUGAAUUCGCUGACUUUUUACUAUUCUGUGAUGUUUCAUUUUUGAUUUUUGGAAAAUAAACGCGUUA